UCUUCGUAUUCAACUCUUCACACCCCCACCCAGCUGCCUGCCAGCCACACGCGCCCAACGCGCCCGAUCGUCUCCGUCGCCCGUCGAUCGUAACCACCGCCUAGCUAGCACCCACCUACCUCCCAAAACCCUUCGGCCGAUCCAUGGCGCUGCUGGCACGGAGGGCGAGGAGGGCGGCCACCAAGACGGCGGCGCCUGUGGCCGUGGAGCUGUCCAUCCCGGGGCACUUCCGCUGCCCGAUCUCGCUGGACCUGAUGCGCGACCCGGUCACGGCGCCCACGGGGAUCACCUACGACCGGGAGAGCAUCGAGGCGUGGCUCGACACCGGCCGCGCCGCCGUGUGCCCCGUCACCCACGCCCCGCUCCGGCGCGACGACCUCGUCCCCAACCACGCCAUCCGCCGCGUCAUCCAGGACUGGUGCGUCGCCAACCGCUCCCGCGGCGUCGAGCGGAUACCCACGCCCAAGAUCCCCGUCACCCCCGUCCAGGCCUCCGAGCUCCUCUUCGAGGUCGCCGAGUCCGCGCGCGCCGCCGACCGCGGCGCGCCCGCCCGGUGCGCCGCCGCGGUCGCCAGUGUCAGGGCCCUCGCCCGCGAAAGCGAGAGGAACCGGCGCUGCUUCGCGUCCAUCGGCACGGGCCGCGUCCUGGCCGCGGCGCUCGAGUCGCUCGCGGCGGGCGGCGGGGACCCGGCCGGUGGUGUUCUGGAGGACGUUCUCGCGGCAUUGGUCCGCAUGGCGCCGUUGGACCAGGAGGCCGCCAGGAUCUUGGGAUCGCCUCGCUCGCUGGACUCGUUGGUCGCCAUCGCCGAGAACGGCAGCUUGGCGGGAAGGCUCAACGCCGUGCUGGCGAUCAAGGAGGUCGUGUCCUCGUGCCACGGAGCCUGCACGGAUUUGGGCGGGAAAGCCGACGACAUCGCGGACGCGCUGGUGAAAGUCAUCAAGGCUCCCAUCUGCCCGCAGGCCACCAAGGCCGCCAUGGUUGCCGCCUACCAUCUGGCGCGCUCCGACGAGCGCGUGGCAUCGCGCGUAGCAAGGACCGGCCUCGUUCCAGUGCUCGUGGAGUCCCUCGUCGACGCCGACAAGAGCGUGGCCGAGAAGGCGCUGGCGUUGCUCGACGCCGUGCUCACGUCGGAGGAAGGUCGCGAGAGAGCGCGCAUGCACGCGCUCACCGUGGCCGUCCUCGUCAAGAAGAUGUUCCGCGUGUCCGACCUGGCCACUGAGCUCGCCGUCUCGGCCAUGUGGAGGCUCGGCAAGAACGCCAGCGACGACGAGGGCGCCGCGACGAAAUGCCUGGUCGAGGCGCUGCGGGUCGGAGCCUUCCAGAAGCUGCUGCUGCUCUUGCAGGUUGGCUGCAGGGACGCAACCAAGGAGAAGACCACUGAGCUGCUCAGGAUGCUCAACAAGCACAAAGGCGCAGGGGAAUGCGUCGACGCCAUGGACUUCAGAGGGCUCAAUAAGCUGUCCUGAAUCACAACUUGUGUAAAGAAACAUUGUAGGAUAGAUGGAUGUGUAAGAUAGGAGAUUGAAACGAUAGUUAGAUGUAAAUUCUUCUGCCUUUUGCCUUUGCCAGGUGUUAGCUCGAUGCAAACUUUUUUUGUUUACAAACGGUUGAACGCUACUUGAGAAACAAAUAAAGGCUUAUGUACAAUGCGGAUGAAAAACCUACGGUGAGUGAAUAAAUUGCGGGCUUU